AUGGACCAGGCACAGACCGCCUUGCCGGCAGAGGCGCUGCGGCUGCGCGAUGCCGUGUCGCGCCGACUUCAUGAUGUGUACCAUGUGCAAAUUCCGCGUCUUAGUGAAUGCAAAGAUGUGUCGGAGUAUGAGACCGAAUUGCACGAGACUCUGCAACGCAUCGCGUCCCUGGUACAGCAGAUGGCGGACGAUAUAGAUGAUGCCGAGUCAGCAGCGGAGCGAGCUGCUCUCAAGACUCUGGUGGACACGAAUAGGCACGAGCUGAUGCGUGUGCGCCAGGCAUCGCGGCGUGCCUUGCUCGCUGCGCACCGUGCUACCGCGUCGCGACAGGAAGCUUCGGCACGGUCCGCGUUGCUGAGCCAUGCAGCACGGCAGAACAGCGGCGUCCGUGCGGCGCCGAUGGAUCGUGCGAGUGCUACAUCCGAGCAGGUGACAGGGGCGCUGCAGCGCACCGUCAAGCUCAUGUCGUCCGAGCUGGAAAAGUCAGGAUACUCUACGCAGCUGCUGACCGAGUCAUCGGAAACGAUCGCCCAGGUGUCGAACAAGUAUGCUUCGUUCAAUGAUUUAUUGCGUGACUCUGUAUCCAUGAUUCGUCAAAUGGAACGCGCAGAGCUAGUCGAUCUCGGGAUCCUUGGAGCAUCCAUCACCUUUUUUCUCGCGUGUGUCUUGUAUAUUUUGUAUGCCCGCAUCUUUAGUCGCGGUAUUCACGCCCUGAGUCUGACAUGGCAUGCAUCCAGCUCGAUCGGAUCCAGUGCGUUAGGUCUCUUUUCGGCACUCCAGCAUCGAGAGCCUCAGCACGUGUCUCGCGAGCGUGAUCCGAUCGAGGAAGCCAUUCGGUUUGCGUCUUCACAAGAGGCUGUCCCCCGGCGACACAGGAAGCAUGCGCCCAAGUCUGCCGACAAACCCUGGGUCGACGUCGUGGAACUGACUGCUUCUCCCACACCGCCCAGUCGGAGCGAGAGUCCCGGCUCUUUCAGUGAGAGUAGCGCGUCUCCCCUCCCUGCCGACCUGCCUGACUCGGCCCACGCAGACGACAGAUUGGCGGAAACAAGUCCGGCAUUCUUGUCUCCGACAGAAAAGGCUGUCACUGCAUCGGCCGCCCCUGGAAAGGUCUUGACGGAGUCACAGAGCGAGGCGUCCUCGGCCUCUGCGGACAAGCGCUUCACCGACGAGAGUGCCACUUUGUCCGUUUCUUCAGCGGACGCGGGUUCUGCAUCGAUAAGCGCCAUACCUGCGCCUGUCUCUUCCGAAGACAUUCUCACCGCAGAGAGCCCUGCUUCUUUGGUUCCGUCAGAGGAUGCCUCGUCAACAUCGUCGGGCUCGUCUCCCCAGCCGAUGCCCACAGACGACCUUGUUCCUGAAAAGAGUGCUACUUUCUUGGCUCGGGAGGAGGAUGCUAUUUCUGCAUCGACGAGCGCCCUCUCUGAGCCGAUAUCGACAAAGGAACGUCUCACCGCAAAGAGCACCACUUUCUUGGUUCACGAAGAUCCCUCGUCUGCAGCAACAAGCACCGGCACCGAAUCGGUCCCUACCGACAAAGAGGUAUCCGAGUCGACCGCAGCAGGUCAAAAGCGCACCGACUCUGAUCCGACGAGCACUAUACCUGAACCCAUCGCUUCCGAGACACCUGCAACGAUGGCCACAAGCACGGCCCUCGACUCUUCGGGCAACCAUGACGAUGCUGCCACGAUCGACAGUGUCCCUUCGUCGUCGAGUGACAGCACUCUCCAUGCCGAGCCUACAAGCUCCGAGGCGACGGAGAUGAGCUCACCUACGCCCCCUCACGACCUUCCGUCAUCGAGUGAACGACGACGACGACCAUGGGAUGAACUGUAA